AACUUGGUCACACUGCUUGCUGUAAAUAACUUUUUGGCCAGGUCAGCAGCGAAUUGAAAAUAUUACAUGUGCAUUUAAAGCUUUUUCCGGGCCGCAAAAAUACGAUCAUACGAAAUGAUCAAGACCUGGUCAAUUGUGGUGGUACUUGCCCUUUUCUUGCUGGCUGUCUCGCAGGUCGACGCGGACAAGAAGGGCAAGAAGUAUAGCCGCGAAUCUAAUGACCCGCAGAAUUUCCGGCAAGUAGCCGAGGAAAAGUACGACCCAGAUUUUAAGAACAUCCAGCGACCAUUCCGAAUGGCGAAAUUGAAUCUUGUUUGGGCUAAGGCACAGAACCGCUUAACCGAGCCCAAGCUGAAAUCUCUCUACAUGGAGCUUAAGAUCCACGAUAAGGAGGAGAUCUCCUGGAAACAGCUAAAACAAAAGGACAAGGAUGGACUGAAGGAAGAUGAGUUGCGCCGUAAACUCAUUGGGAUAAUGAGUACAUACGAUCUGCUAGAACAUUUCGAUGAAACCCAAAAUGCCGAAAAACUUAAGCCAUACAAGAAAUUUCAUGACUCGGAUGAGCGCCAUAAAAACAAGAGCCUAUUCAAGGACAAGAAACUUAACAGGCUAUGGGAAAAAGCGGAGCUUUCCGGCUUCACCUCGGACGAGUUGAAAACUUUGAAGCAGGAGUUUAAUCACCAUCAAGACAAGGUUGACGUGUACUACAGCCUGCUGGAGAACAUUGGAACGGUGGAUACCGAAAAACAUGAGAAUGCGAUAAACACUGAGGACCUGGACAACUACAAUCUUAUUUCAAAUGAUCCCAAUGAAAAUGAAAUUAAAACCCAUGCCCAGAAUGUAAAGAAAUUUGAAAACGACUUAAACGCACUUCGCGGUCAUCACACAGGAAUCAAGGAUCACUAUGAAAGGCUGGAGCGUCUAGUGUCCUCUGGACCACAUAGCCAGGACUUUAUCGAACCCAAAGUUCAGGGUUUGUGGCGAGUGGCCCAGUCUAGUAACUUUACAGAAAAGGAACUGGCUUCCAUUAAAACGGAACUGUAUCACUUUGAAAGUCGUCUGUUGAAACUGCGUCACCUGCACGCCGAACAUGCCCUGCAUAAAGAGAAAUACAAGAGCGAAAAGGUCAAGGACAAAGGAAACCGUUUCGAAGACAUGGAAGAUCAUCUUAAAAAGCAAACUCGGAAGGUAGAAAAGUUGCAAGAGAAUAUUGAAAGAACCAUCUUCAAGCACUCAGAACUUUAAAAAUGCAAUUUUCACUAACGUGCCAAACGAAUAAAUAAGAUUAAGUAAAAACUGAUUUUGUGAAGCACAAAACCCUCUAAAAGUAAGGCGCUGCUUAUGGGUAGCUAUAGUUUUGAUACCAAAUACCUGUUGAAUGAAAAUUAAAUCUCACGACGAUUUUGAUAUUGCCUUUUUCAGGCAUUAAAUA